UCACGUCAACUCAUCCAAAAAAAGUCACUCCAAUGGCGGCUUCAGUCGACAAUCGCCAGUAUUCCCACCUCGAGCCCUCCAUGAACGGCGUCGUUGUCCGCACCUUCAAGCCCGGCCCGACCCACCGGCCCGACUCCCCCAUCAGGGCCCGCAACUUCCCGCCGACCAAGCCUGCCCACUUCGCCGACUCGUCUAGCGAGGACGAGGACAGCGAGGCGGAGGAGGGGACCGCCUACAAGGAGCUCAUCAAGAAGGGCAACGCCGAGGUCGAGUCCUCCGUCCGCGACCCGCGGGACGAGGGCACGGCGGACCGCUGGAUCGAGCGCAACCCCACUAUGGUCCGCCUCACUGGGAAGCACCCCUUCAACGCCGAGCCGCCGCUGGCCCGGCUCAUGCACCACGGCUUCAUCACCCCGGUCCCGCUCCACUACGUCCGCAACCACGGUCCCGUCCCCCGCGCCUCGUGGCAGGACUGGACCGUGGAGGUCACCGGCCUCGUGAAGCGUCCCGCCCGGUUCACCAUGGACCAGCUGGUGACCGAGUUCGCGAGCCGCGAGUUCCCGGUCACCCUUGUGUGCGCGGGCAACCGCCGCAAGGAGCAGAACAUGGUGAAGCAGACCGUCGGGUUCAACUGGGGCCCCGCCGGGGUAUCCACCUCGGUUUGGCGGGGGGUCCCGCUCCGCGACGUGCUGCGGCGGUGCGGGAUCAUGGGCCGCCGGGGCGGGGCCCUCAAUGUGUGCUUCGAGGGGGCGGAGGACCUCCCCGGAGGCGGCGGGUCCAAGUACGGGACGAGCUUGCGGAGGGAGGUUGCGAUGGACCCCUCCCGGGACAUCAUCUUAGCGUACAUGCAGAACGGGGAGGUCUUGUCGCCGGACCAUGGGUUCCCGGUGCGGAUGGUGAUCCCGGGGUUCAUCGGCGGGCGGAUGGUCAAGUGGGUGAGGCGGAUUAUGGUAACGACGCAGGAGUCGGAGAGCUACUACCACUACAAGGAUAAUAGGGUCCUUCCUUCUCGCGUGGACGCCGAGCUCGCCAAUGCCGAAGCAUGGUGGUACAAGCCGGAGUACAUCAUAAACGAGCUGAACAUCAACUCGGUGAUAACCACGCCGGGCCAUGAGGAGGUAUUGCCCAUCAACUCGUGGACGACUCAGAGGCCCUACACGUUGAGGGGCUACGCAUACUCCGGAGGAGGGAAGAAGGUGACACGUGUGGAGGUGACGAUGGACGGCGGCGACACGUGGCAGGUGUGCGCGCUGGACCACCCGGAGAAGCCGAGCAGGUACGGCAAGUACUGGUGCUGGUGCUUCUGGUCGCUCGAGGUGGAGCUGCUGGACCUGGUCGGGGCCAAGGAGAUCGCCGUCCGCGCCUGGGACGAGUCCCUCAACACCCAACCCGAGAAGCUCAUUUGGAACGUCAUGGGUAUGAUGAACAAUUGCUGGUUCCGAGUGAAGACCAACGUGUGCCGACCGCACAAGGGCGAGAUCGGGAUUGUCUUCGAGCACCCAAUCCAACCGGGAAACCAAUCCGGCGGUUGGAUGGCCCGGGAGAAGCACCUCGAGCAGUCGGCCGACCAAACCCUGAAGAAGAGCGUCUCUUCGCCCUUCAUGAACACUGCCGCGAAUAUGAUCUCCGAGUCUGAGGUCAAGAAGCACAACUCGGCUGACUCGGCGUGGAUCAUCGUCCACGGCCACGUCUACGAUUGCACGAGGUUCUUGAAGGACCACCCCGGCGGCACUGACAGCAUCCUCAUCAAUGCCGGUACCGACUGCACCGAGGAGUUUGACGCCAUCCACUCUGACAAGGCCAAGAAGCUCCUCGAGGAAUACCGCAUCGGUGAGCUGAUAACCACCGGCUACACAUCUGACUCCACCAUGUCCUCACCGAACAACUCCACGCACGGGUCCUCGAACUUCACCCACCUGGCCCCAAUCAAGGAAAUUGCGCCCUCUCGCCCCGUUGCCCUCGUCCCGCGCGAGAAAAUCCGGUGCAAACUAGUCGAGAAGACGGCCAUCUCGCACAACGUCCGCAUAUUCCGGUUUUCUCUCCCGUCCGAGGACCAGGUGCUUGGGUUGCCCGUGGGGAAGCACAUAUUCCUAUGUGCCACCAUCGAGGGCAAGCUCUGCAUGAGGGCGUACACGCCGACGAGUGGAGUGGACGAGGUCGGCUACUUCGAGCUCGUGGUCAAAAUCUACUUCAAGAACGAGCACCCGAAAUUUCCUAAUGGUGGGCUAAUGUCACAAUAUUUGGAGUCACUCCCCUUAGGCUCGUUCCUUGACGUGAAGGGUCCGUUAGGGCACAUUGAAUACACCGGACGUGGCAACUUCUUAGUGCAUGGCAAGCCCAAGUUUGCCAAGAAGCUGGCCAUGCUGGCCGGCGGGACGGGCAUAACUCCGAUUUAUCAAGUGAUCCAAGCGAUCUUGAAGGACCCUGAGGACGAGACCGAGAUGUACGUCGUCUACGCAAACCGGACCGAGGACGAUAUUCUUUUGAGGGAAGAGCUUGACGGGUGGUCGAAGAAGCACGACCGGUUGAAGGUGUGGCACGUGGUCCAAGAGUCGAUUCGAGAAGGUUGGCAGUACAGCACUGGGUUCGUUACCGAUGGUGUUUUGAGAGAGCACGUCCCCGAAGGAUCGGAGGACACACUGGCGCUGGCCUGCGGCCCGCCACCGAUGAUUCAGUUCGCAGUGCAGCCCAACUUGGAGAAGAUGAAUUACGAAGUCAAGAAUUCAUUGCUAUUGUUUUAGGAGAGGCAGAGGUGUAUACAUAUGUAGAGAGAGAUUGUUGAAAGAACGUAAAUAUACUAGCGUUAUAUUCUACCACGUGCUAUUUGUGGGUUCAUCUCUUGUAUGCGUCCUAUGUAUUAUUGUGAGAAAUAAUAAGAUGAGUGUCCAAGUGACGGUUCUUUUA